AUGGUGUCCACGAGCACUGCAUCUACCCCCUUGUUCCGGGCUGUGGCAAGCUCGACGAAGCCCCUCCAUCAGCUGCUCCGAGCCAUCAGCUUCUCAAACAAGAUUCAUGUCGAGAUUGACGAGGACGGCAUCAAGUUCAUCGCCGAUCAUGCUCGAGUUAUGCAAGGCGUGGCUUCUCUGAACAAGUCCCUAUUUACCACAUACUCUCUCAAUCUUCCGGCUCCUGAAGGAGCUGAAGACCCCAGCCUGCCCAGUUUUCAGAUCUCUCUACCCGCACUUUUGGAGACGCUGCAGAUUUUUGGUGCAACAGACGCUGCAGCCCGCCAGGCCAAGGCGGAUACAGACCCGUAUCGAAGCAACCUGCGCAAUUACCGUGCCGGAGCCUUCUCGAAUCAAACUUUGGGCAUGUCAGGGACGUGCAGCCUGUCCUAUGCCCAGGAAGGGGAGCCUUUCAGUAUCCUACUGGAGGAGACGGGCGUGAAUACAACCUGCAACCUCGUCACCUAUCUGCCCGAGUCGCCUGAGCAGAUCCCCUUCGACAGAGAUGAGCUAUCGUUCAAGAUCAUCAUGCAGUCAAGAUGGCUUCUGGACGCCCUUGCCGAGAUGGCACCCACUUCGCCAACACGACUAACCAUUGUGGCAACGAGAAAUGAGCCAUACUUGCGACUGUCGAGUAAUGGCCCUCUGGGCAGCUCCAGCGUGGACUUUUCCAAGGGCAGAGACCUUUUGGAAACCUUUGUAGUCCACGAUCGCUGGGCACAAAGCUUCAAGUUCGACAUGAUCAAGUCAGCCAGCGAAGCAAUGCGGAUUGCCUCCAAGGUGAGUCUUCGCGGCGACAGCCAAGGAGUACUCAGUCUGCAGUUCAUGGUAGAGACGGAGGGAGGGGGCAUACACUGGCUGCACUUUACCUUUGUGCCGUAUGUCACUCACGAGGAUGACGAAGACGACGAGACAGGAGGCGAAGGUGAUGAGUGA